AUGAGCAAGGAUCGGGAAUGGCUGCCUCAAGCCGAUCACAAUCAGCUAUCUUGGAGCUUUGCGUUCGCAGUCAUUGCUGGCUUCUUCAGCCUCUUCGCGGCGCUCGCCAUGUCCACGAACUACAUAGCCCUGCACAGCCAGCACCUGUUGGAAGAGUCUAGCCAGACUGAAGCAUUGCUCAAGUCCGGAGCGCAUGGCGGUGCAGGCUCGGUGUUCGGUGGCACCUUACCUCCUGGUUCUGGCGGUUACGAUGCUUCCGGUGGAGCACAUUUGCUCGCCGGCACUGACUCGCGACUUGGGGGCGGCGUGCCCUCGUUGUUCACCGCGCCGCCAGUCUCCGCCUUCUACUCCUCGGUUUUAGGAGGUCCGGCUGCCAGUGCGUUCAGUCAUGCCACCAGCCACCUGACCCCGGGGACCGGACUUGCAGGAGCGCCCGGUGGAGCCACUUCAGCGGCCACAGUAUCCGCCAGGCUGCGAGAACAACUGCAGUCGGCUCGUCAGACAAAACAGGCCGUGAUGGGCUACAUGGCCGGCGGCAUUGGGCCUGCGGCUAUCGGGCCGGCUGCCUCAGUCCCCGUGGAAACGUCAGCUCCUGGCCUGGCUGGAGUUGCGCAGCCUCAGUUUCUUGGCUCCAUGGCCUCGCUGCAUGGCGUCAACAUGCCUCCGACUCAACUGGGAAGUUCUCCACACUUUUCGCCGAGCGCCACAAUGCAAAAUCCCAACAGCCAGUACGGCUCUCUGGCUAGACCGAUGCCAUCUACGUCGGUAUCUGGUGGUGCAACGGCCGUCUAUGGCUCGCCGCCACAGAUGAGCCUGGCUAUGGAUACCACAGUUUAG